AUGCCCAAAAACACCCGCAACGCGCAAUUUCAAUCCUGCACCAUCCUCUUCCGCCGCGAAUCCUACCCCAAUCUACCUGCGCGAGCACCCUUACCCGAUCUAGUUGCUUUGCACCGCAGCGGAAAAUUAUUUGCGAAUCCCAUUGGGGUUAUUGAUAGGGCGACGACUGAAGAUAUUGUUGAGACUUAUCGACCUACUGGCGGGAACGUGGAUAUGGUGAGGAAAUUUGUUGAGAAGCGAUUUACGUCGUUUUCGAGACAUGCGUAUAAAGUUGAACAGGAAGAUGAAGAUGAAAACCAAAGUCCUGUUCCUCCAUACUGUUCAGACUCUGCUUCCAUUACACCAUCUAGCAUUCAGCAUUCUCCAACUAGCGCUCGUUACUCCUCCCUUGAGAAAAGUUUCGCUCCAGCAAAACUAUCAGCCAAAUUUCCGCGCAGGCAACUAAAGCGAAAGCGAAAACGUCCCAAUCUUCGCAUCGUCACAUCACCUGCUGAACUCGCCGAGCUUGAAAGACGCAAUAUCCGUCGAGUGCUCUCGCCGAAUGUUCCCAUCUACUCUCAUAUAUCCCCCAAUUCGUCUGCACAAUCCCUACGAGCUCAAAAUACCGAUCUUGAGCCUCCGACUUCUCAUUCUCCAUCACACUCAGAACAAACCGACACCCAUACCUACAAACGCACCCGCUACCCCGCAGAUCCUUCAAACAUUUCAAAACGCUUCCAAACGACCCAAACUAGAGUCCACUCCUCGCCAAUCAGCAUCUCAUACUCCGCAAUUAGUCCCACUAUAUCCCCCACACACCCUCUCUCUCCAUCUCCGCAACCUCCCUCUAUCAUUCCCUCUUCCCCCUCACCUUCUUCCCCACCCUAUGUCACCCAGCCCUAUCUCACCCAGCCCUAUCUCACCCUUCCCCCGACAGCUCACUCACUAACACCCCACCAAUACAUAACCGCCAUCCACCGCCUCCUCGCCAGCACCCAUCACCCAAACCGAUAUCCUCUUCCCCCCAAAAUAAAACAAAAAACAAAAACCGAUAUAAAAGACAUCGAAAUCACCGCGUUAAGAAUGGAAUGGGUAGAAGAUGCGAUACGUCUUGAUGGGGCGCCGCUGGCAGCGAGGGAUUUAUAUUAUGAGCAGUUUGCUAGGCCAGGGGAGUUUUAA